AGAAGAAUCCCAGAGACCCUCCCAAGUUCAACAACUCCUCAAAGAAGCCUUUCAAACCAAACAAGGACCACAACACCACCACCAACGCCGCCAUGGUUUUGCAGCUCGAAGACGACGUCCCCGACUUCCCCCGAGGUGGAGGGAGCUCUUUGAAUCGAAAAGAGCGCGAUGAGAUUAGGGCGGAGGUUGAUGCCGAAUUCGAGGCUGAAGAGAGGGAGCUGAAGAAAGGAGGGAAGAAGAACAAGAGAAAGAUGCCGAAGGAGAGCCUUGCACACGAGGACGACAUGGGCUCGCUUUUCGGUGAUGGCAUCACCGGAAAGCUACCUAGAUACGCAAACAAGAUCACUAUGAAGAAUAUAUCUCCUGGGAUGAAGGUUUGGGGAGUUGUUGCCGAAGUGAAUGAAAAGGACCUUGUAGUUAGUCUUCCGGGGGGCCUGCGAGGACUAGUUCGAGCUUCUGAUGCUUUUGAUCCUAUUUUGGACGACGAAACUGAGGCUUUAGCAGAUAGUGUCCUCCCUAGUGUAUUUCGGGUAGGGCAGCUAGUAUCUUGCAUUGUGUUGCAGUUGGAUGAGGAUAAGAAAGAGAAAGGGAAACGGAAGAUCUGGCUUUCUUUGCGCCUCUCUUUGUUGCAUAAGGGCUUCAGUUUGGAUUCUGUUCAAGAAGGCAUGGUCCUUACAGCCUAUGUUAAAAGCAUCGAAGACCACGGUUACAUUCUUCAUUUUGGUUUAUCUUCAUUCACAGGGUUUUUGCCAAAAAAUAGCCAAGCUGGUAACAAGGAGGUUCAAGUGAGCAGUGGUCAACUACUUCAAGCUGCUGUUAGAAGAGUUGAUAAAAUCCGCAAGGUUGUUCAUAUGAGUUCUGACCCAGAGAUAAUGUCAAUGUGUGUGACCAAAGAUCUCAAGGGAAUUUCAAUUGAUUUACUUGUCCCGGGGAUGAUGGUCAAUGCUCGUGUGCUAUCCACCCUUGAAAAUGGGGUCAUGUUAUCAUUUCUUACGUACUUUACUGGAACCGUUGAUAUAUAUCAUCUACAAAAUAGUUACCCUACUACAAACUGGAAGGAAGACUACAAUCAAAACAAGAAGCUCAAUGCUCGAAUAUUAUUUGUUGAUCCUUCAACUAGAGCUGUUGGUUUGACACUGAAUCCACAUCUUGUUCGCAACAAGGCUCCUCCUUCACAUGUCAAAAUUGGAGAUAUAUAUGAUGAUUCAAAGGUAGUGAGGGUUGAUAGAGGAUUGGGCCUUCUGCUUGAAAUACCAUCUACUCAAAUUUCAACUCCAGCCUAUGUUAGUAAAUUCAAGGAAGGUACUCGUGUUCGUGUCAGAAUUCUUGGUUUUAGGCACUUGGAAGGGCUUGCGACUGGGAUUUUGAAGGCAAGUGCAUUUGAAGGGUCAGUUUUCACUCACUCUGAUGUCAAGCCUGGGAUGGUUGUGAGAGGUAAAAUAAUAGCUGUUGACAGCUUUGGGGCUAUUGUGCAAUUCCCUGGUGGUGUGAAGGCUCUUUGCCCUCUCACUCAUAUGUCUGAAUUUGAAAUUGCAAAGCCUAGAAAAAAAUUUAAGAUUGGGGCUGAACUUGUGUUCCGUGUGCUUGGUUGCAAGUCCAAGAGAAUAACUGUUACACACAAGAAAACACUUGUAAAGUCAAAACUAGGGAUUCUUAGUUCAUAUGCUGAUGCUGCUGACGGAUUAAUAACACAUGGGUGGAUAAGAAAGAUUGAAGAACGUGGAUGCUUUAUCCACUUUUACAAUGGAGUCCAAGGAUUUUCCCCAAGAUCUGAACUUGGAUUGGAGCCAGGAUCUGGCCCAAGUACUAUGUAUCAUGUUGGACAAGUUGUCAAGUGUAGAGUUAUUGGCUCUAAUUAUUCACUUGUCAGGGUUUCUGAGGAUGAUAUGGUGAAGUUGGGCAGCCUUGUUUCAGGAGUUGUUGACCGGGUAACCCCCAAUGCUGUCAUGGUUUAUGUUAAUGCAAAAGGUUACUCAAUGGGCACAAUUUUUACAGACCACUUGGCAGAUCACCAUGGGCUGGCUACUUUGAUGAAGUCAGUAUUGAAGCCUGGUUAUGAAUUUGAUCAGUUAUUGGUAUUAGACACUGAAGGCAACAAUUUGAUCCUAUCUGCAAAACCUUCUCUGCUUAACUCAGCUCCCAAUCUUCCCUCAGAAGUCAGUCAAGUUCAUCCUAAUACUGUAGUACAUGGCUACAUUUGUAACUUAAUUGACACUGGGUGCUUUGUUCGCUUCCUGGGGCGUGUAACUGGUUUCUCCCCAAGGCACAAGGCAAUGGAUGACUAUAAAGGGGACCUUUCAGAAGCAUAUUACAUUGGCCAGUCUGUCCGGAGUACUAUUCUCGAUGUCAAUAGUGAAACAGGUAGAAUAACACUAUCAUUGAAGCAGUCAUCGUGCUCUUCAACAGAUGCCUCUUUUAUCCAGGAAUACUUUGUUUCAGAGGACAAGAUUGCUAAGCUGCAAAUAUUGAAUUCAAAAGAAUCAAGAUCAAAUUGGUCAGAAGGGUUUACAAUUGGCAGUGUUGUUGAGGGGAAGGUCCAGGAGGCAAAGGACAUUGGAGUUGUUGUCAGCUUUGAGAAAUAUAGUGAUGUCUUCGGUUUCAUCACACACUAUCAAUUAGCUGGUACCACCGUAGAAACAGGAUCCAUCGUGCGAGCAGUUGUACUUGAUGUUGCCAAGGCAGAGCACCUAGUUGACUUAUCUCUCAAACCAGAAUUCAUUACUAACUUAAAACAAGAAAGUUCCAAGAGCCAAACUCAUAAGAAGAAACGAAGAAGAGAAGUGUCAGAUGAUCCUGAGUUACACGAAACCGUAAAUGCUGUUGUUGAGAUUGUGAAGGAGAAUUACCUGGUUCUUUCCAUCCCAAAGUAUAACUAUGUUGUAGGAUAUGCAUCAGUUUCUGAUUACAACACUCAAAAGUUUCCCCAGAAACAGUUUCUGAAUGGACAAAGUGUCAGUGCUACUGUCAUGGCCCUUCCAAGCCCUACAACUGCUGGGAGAUUGCUUUUGCUAGUUAAUUCUUUGAGUGAGUCAGCUGAUAGUUCCAGCUCAAAGAGGGCAAAAAAGAAAUCCAGCUACAAAGUGGGAUCUGUGGUCCAGGCAGAGAUUACUGAAAUUAAGCCUCUUGAACUACGAUUGAAGUUUGGAAUCGGCUUUCAUGGACGGGUCCGUAUAACAGAGGUAAAUGAUGAUGUUCUGGAAGAUCCAUUUAAUAACUUCAGAAUUGGGCAAACCGUCACUGCAAUUAUCAUUGCAAAGACUAAUUCAGAUAACAACAAAAAGAGUUUCCAGUGGGAUCUGUCACUAAAACCUAGUUUGUUAACAGGUUCCUGUGAAAUAGAGGGAAGUGUUAUGAAUGAAGAUCUCAAUUUUUCAAUUGGAAAACAUGUUACUGGCUAUGUGUGCAAGGUGGAUGCUGAAUGGGUCUGGUUAACAAUAUCUCGGAAUGUUAGGGCUCAGAUUUUCAUUCUUGACAGCGCUUGUGAGCCAAGUGAACUUCAAGAGUUUCAGAAACGGUUUCAUGUUGGAAAUGCUGUAUCUGGUCAUGUUUUAAGUGUUAGCAAGGAGAAAAAGCUAUUACGGCUGGUUUCAUAUCCAUUUUCUCCCGUCUCCAAUAAAACAGUUGACCAUGAGGUGACAAAGAUGGAUGCAAAUGUUAGCAUGCUGAAUGCAACUGCUCAUAUUCGUGAGGGAUGUGUUGUAGCUGGGAGGAUUAUUAAAAAGCUUCCAGGUGUUGGUGGAUUGACUGUGCAAAUUGGUCCCCAUAUGUAUGGCAGGGUUCAUUAUAGUGAACUUUCUGACUCAUGGGUGUCCAACCCAUUGUCUGGAUACGAGGAAGGACAAUUUGUUAAAUGCAAGGUCCUUGAAUGUAGUCGCUCUGGACAGGGAACUUUUCACUUUGAGUUGUCAUUACGAUCUACUUUAGUUGGCACGCCUUGUCAAGAUUCCAAUGUACCUGACAAUGAUACGCUUACUCAUAUGGAGCGAGUGGAAAAGAUUGACGAUCUGAAACCUAAUAUGGUCGUACAGGGUUAUGUGAAAAAUGUUUCAUCAAAAGGAUGUUUUAUUCUGCUUUCACGGAAGCUUGAUGCCAGAAUUCUUGUCUCCAAUUUGUCUGAUGGAUAUGUGGAUGAUCCUGAAAAGGAAUUCCCAGUUGGAAAACUUGUUACCGGCAGGGUGUCAUCUGUGGAGCCUUUGUCAAAGAGAGUUGAAGUUACCUUGAAGUCAUUGAGUGCAAGCAGUUUGUCACAAUCUGCAAAGAAUAAUUUGGAUAGCUUGCAAGUCGGAGAUAUUAUCUCUGGCAGGGUAAAACGACUCGAGUCAUAUGGGAUAUUCAUCACAAUUGACAAUACAAACGUGGUUGGAUUGUGCCAUGUGUCCGAGCUUUCAGAAGAUAAAAAGGAAAAUUUUGAAAGUAAAUAUAGAACAGGAGAGAGGGUGACAGCAAAAGUAUUGAAGGUGGAUAAGGAGAGGCACCGGGUUUCACUUGGAAUGAAGGAUUUGUAUAUUAUGGAAAAUAGUGAUCAAACACCUCCAAAACAAGAUCUUGAUGAACCUAUCAGAAAGACUGCUUUGGUGGAUGAUAGUAGGUCAGUAACAGUAAUGUGUCCUGUAGACAGUCUCCUUGGGGACCAAAACAUGGAGAUUGAUCAUGAAAAUGCAGAGUUCCAGUUUCUUGCACAAGCAGAAUCAAGAGCUUUUAUUCCUCCGCUUGAAGUCACUCUUGAUGACUCAGACCAAGGCGAUGGGACUGUUAGCCAGGAUCGAGAGCUUCCUGAAGUGGAUAACACUGUAGAUGACAAGAAAAAGAAGCUCACCAAGAAAAAAGCAAGGGAUGAGAGGGAGCGUGAGAUAAGGGCAGCUGAGGAAAGACUAUUGGAGAAAGAUAUACCUAGGACUGAUGAGGAAUUUGAGAAACUAGUUAGAAGUUCUCCAAAUAGCAGUUAUGUUUGGAUAAAAUAUAUGGAAUUUGUGCUCUCUAUGGCUGAUGUUGAGAAGGCGCGCUCUAUUGCUAAAAGGGCUUUGGAGACGAUAAACUUCCGAGAAGAGAAUGAGAAGCUCAAUGUUUGGGUGGCUUAUUUUAAUUUGGAAAGCAAAUAUGGAAGUCCUCCAGAGGAGGCUGUAAUGAAAGUCUUUAAAGAAGCAUUGCUGUAUAAUGAUCCCAAAAAGGUUCAUCUAGCACUCUUGGGAGUGUUUGAGAGGUCUGAGCUACACAAGUUAGCCGAUGAGCUUGCUGAUAACAUGAUUAAGAGGUUUAAGAAGUCUUGCAAGGUAUGGCUAAGGCGGGUACAGAGGCUCUUGGUGCAACAGCAGGAUGGGGUUCAGGAUUUUAUCUCUCGUGCUGAAAAGAUCCUUCCUAAGCAUAAGCAUAUCAAAUUCUUGUCACAGACAGCCAUACUUGAGUUCAAAUGUGGGAACCCAGAGAGAGGGCGAUCCUUGUUUGAAAAUAUUCUGAGGCAAAAUCCGAAGAGAACUGACUUGUGGAGUGUUUAUCUUGAUCAAGAAAUUCGGCUUGGAGAUACUGAUCUGAUUCGCGCACUCUUUGAGAGGGCAACUAGUUUGAGCCUCCCAGCUAAAAAGAUGAAAUUCUUGUUCAAAAAAUAUCUGGACUAUGAAGAGCGUCACGGUAAUGAAGAUAGGGCCAAUUACGUGAAACAGAAAGCCAUGAGUUAUGUUGAAAAUACAGUAGCUUGACAUCACUUGUUCUUCUCAUAAGAACAGAAGAUUCUUUGUGAUUGCUAACCAGUUAGCUGCUAGCCUUGACAGGACAGACUCCAUGGCGAAUUUUUUUGCCACCGUGAUCACUAUUAUUGGCUGGCCCACGCUUCUUCGAGGAAAUGCUUGUCCGGAUGUAAAUGGUACUUUGUAAUGAAAUGGAUUGAGAAACUGCAACGAGGAUGGAAUUUUGAGGUGGGAAACCCCAAGGGUUAUGGGAUUGAAUAUUUAUAGGGACCGAUUGGCUCAAGUAGCCGCCAGAAUGUAACACUCUAGGAUCGGAUGGGUUUAAUUUAUUUUAUUUAUGUCCUGGAAGAGAGAAGGCGGGCAUUUCCCAGUGGUGGUGAAAUUCGGCUCUUUUAGUAUUCUUGAAUCUUUUAAGAUGGUACAUAUAAAUUUUGUAGUCGAGAGUAAAAUGUAUCGUAAAGAAGCGGCAGUGCAUUGUCAGAGAAUUGUAGUCGCUUAAAAAUUCGUUGGUGAACUCAGGAACUUAGUUGCACUUCUCAAAGCUUGUCACCUCCUUUCUCUAUUUGAGUUGAUUAUGACUCGGUUGCAAACUUAACUUGCAAGAGAUUGGGAAAUCAAGAAAUCUGCAACAAAAGUCUCUUAAAAACAAGAUACUGAAGAACCAGGUCAUUUACAUAUAUAAUAAUUUCAUUUAUUUGACUUGGAGAAGCUUUUUCAGAACUUUUAAGAGCGAAGGGUAAGCAG